AUGGAUUCUUGGAGGAGUUCCGUGGCUGGCGGAGGGGCCUCGCAGUACUCCCAGGGUUAUUCCUUGCAACAACUGACACAACAGCAGCAACAGCAGGUGGCAUCCACUACGCCUGCGGCAGCAGGAGGGACCGGCCAGUACUACACGUACCAGUCGCUUGCUGGUUAUGGCACCCAGGGGCAGCAGCAGCAGCAAGCGCAGCAGGCGGGACAGCAGCAGCAGGUUUCUUACACCCAGGGUGCUUCGGCUGCGUCGGCCAACCCCUAUUCCUCUCUCUCCUCGUUCGCCACCACCGUUGACGGAACGUCCAAGUAUUCCGCCGGCGCGCAGGCAGUCGCUGCAGCCUACGGCCUCGAUAUUUCCAGCGGUGCGGGAACCGCCGGCGGUUCUUCCCCGUACGGUGGGUAUGGCGUGGGGACGACUGCUGCUACUCCUGCCGCUGCUGGAGGGACGUUCAGCUUCGACCCCAAGACGGGAGCCUACUACCAGGACGCGUCAUCAACGUACCAGCAGCAGCAGGGCGCGGGGGGAGCGUCGGCCAUCGGACUGGCAGCAGCAGCAGCGUCCAUGCAGCAGGCCAUGGCGACGCAGCAGCAGGCAGCUGCAGCUCAGCAGCGCGUCUACACGGCGACGGACAGCUACGGGCAGCAGCUGCUGGUCACGGCGCCCACGGCCGCGUCAGUGGGAGGAGGGCAGCGGCAGAUCGUAUACACCACAGGCGUGCAGUACGACGCCGCUGCUGCCGCCGGCGGUGCCACGCCCGUCAUGCUAACUGCCGCGGGUCCCGGGUACGCUGCCAUGGGGGGAGGCGUGUCGGGCAUGGGUGCGGGGAGCGUUCCGUUCCAGCAGCAGAUGGCCGUGGCGAUGCAGCAGCAGAUGCAGCAGCAGCAGCAACAGCAGCAGCAGCAGCAGCACGUGCCGGCGCAGGGGUUUUCACAGCCGCAUCCCACGCCUCAGGGCUUCCACGGCCGCGACUACUCUGCACCCAAAGCAUCUGCCCCUGCCGGCCGAACCUCAGGCCCCGCUGCGGACUCCGGAUUCCAGACCAGCAAGGCAUGGCCGGGGGCUCGAGAUGAAAGGGGGAGAGGCGGAGAGGGGGAUUGGCGGAAAGGUGCGGAGAGGGAGCGAGGGGCUUUUGGGAGGGGCAGGGCGGCUGACAAGGAGAAGGAGAGGGAGAAGGAGAGGGAGGAGAGGAGGAAGGCAGGCGGUGGCAGGGAGGCGGCUGCUGCCGGAGCGGCUAGGAAGGACGAGCGCGACUAUCACAGGCACAGGUCCCCGCCCCAUGACUACUACCGCCCCUACUCGUGCAAGAUUGAGCCAUUCCCAUUCGCGGAGGUGGAGAGGGGGUACCUGAGCAUCUGCAAGCGCUACCCGCGCCUCUACGUGCCAGCUGACUUCUGCAAGGCACGAGCAGUGUGGCCUACUCACUCCACGCCACUGCCACUCUUCACUCCUGUCAGCUUCGAGCACGACUCAGUAGAGGUAGAAUCUGACGACUCUGCAACCGCUGCUGCGGCAUCAACGUCUCCUGCUGCUGGAGCAACCGUCGGCACUGCCACCACUCCGAGCAAGGGAGACCCUGCAGUGAAGACCGAGCCAGAGGAGGGAGCACAGGUCACAGAAGAGAAGGGUGAGGUUCAGGGCAUGGCAGAGGACGGCACUCCUGCAACAGCCACUGCUGGGGAGUCGGCUCCACAAGACACGUCUAUGGAUACGGCGAAUGAGAGCUGUGGCUUUGCCACAUCGCCUGCCCACUCUGCUGCUGCUCCCUUUGGGCUCGAGCUGCCCAUGCUGUGGACUGUCAAGGUGCUGCUGAUGAGCGGCCUGGACGCGCCAGCCCUGGCCCAGAUCACGUCAGACAAGCCCCCGUCGCCCCACGAGCGCCCCCCGCACACCAACCACGCGCUGCGAUUCGUCUGCAUGCGCCGCGACCGCGACCCCAUCUCAGCCAUUGGUGGGCGCUGGGAAGCGGAAACGGACGGUGGGGAUCCGAGCAAGGAGGACUCAGGGCUCGUGCGAGCUGCGAUCAGGUUUGUGAAGGCAACGGUGCGUGUGGAUCUGAGCGCAUGCAAGGACUGGGCGCGGCUUAUCGACGUGGUUUACAUGCGAUCUGAUAGCCACGGCAAGCCGACCAACCUUGAGACUGUGGUCUACCUCUUGCCGAACCUGUCGGAGUGCCUUCCAAGCCUGGAGGAUUGGAAGAAGUCUGUGAAAGAGCUGGAGGGGAAGAGGAAGGCGAUUGAAGAGAAGGAGCGGAAGGAGAAGGAGAGGAGGGACAAGGAACGGAAGGAGCGUGAGAAGGAGAAGGAGAAGGAGAAGGAAAAGGAGAAGGAAAAGGAGAAGGAAAAGGAGAAGGAAAAGGAGGAAACUGGGAAGGAGAAGGAGAAAGAUGAGAAGGAGGAGACCAGUGAUAAGGACAAGCAGGAGAAGGAGGAGGAGAAGGAAAAGGAGAAGGAGAAGGAGAAGGAGGAGGAGAAGGCUAAGGAAGAAGGCUCUGCAGCGGCAGUCAAGGGAGCAGCAACGGAUGCGACGAAGGAGGGCAAAGAGGGCAAGGAUGGAGCAGAGGGCUCAGGUGAUGGAGAGAAGGCAGAGGGCAGUGAGGCGAAGGAGGGAGCAGGGAAGGAAGGCGAGGAGAAGGACAAGGAAAAAGAGGAGAAGGAGAAGAAAGAGAAAGAGGAGAAGGAAAAGAAGGAGAAAGAGGAGAAGGAGAAGAAAGAGAAGGAGGAGAAGGAAAAGGCAAAGGCGAAGGAGAUCACGAAUCCUGGUUUCGUCCUGGUUUCCUCACGCACUAAGACCGUCAAGGUGAAGACGCUCACCAUCUCUCUGGAUGGGCUGCUGGACUAUGAUGAGGAGGACAGGGACGAGUCUUCCUUCGAGCUGGGAGUGGUGGCGGAAAGCAUCAGCGAGUACAUACAGGAGCGAGCGGGCCGAACCAUCUUCACGCACCUGCAGUUCCUGUAUCCCUUGUCGCUUGCUAAGCGGGCCAAGGAGAAGGAGCGGGAGAGGGAGCGGGAGAAGCAAAGGGAGAAGGAGCGGGAGAGGGAGAGGGAGAGGGAGAGGGAGAGCCGCAAGCGCAGGCUGGAGGCUGAAGCUGCCAAGGAGAAGGCAAAGGAGAGUGGCGAGGGAGAGGGGAAAGGGGAGAAGGCGAGUGGAGAUGAGGCAGCAGCUAAACGGGCGAAGGUGGAAGGCGCGGAGGGGGAUGUUGAGAUGGAGGUUGAGGAGGAGAAGAAAGAGGGAGAGGAGGGUGGUGCGGUGAAGAAGGAAGAGAAGAUGGAGGAGGAUAAGGAGAAGAAAGCUGGAGAUGGGGCGGACAAGAAGGCCAGUGCUGAGCAGACGGUGAAGAAAGAGGAGCAGGUGGAGAAGGAAGGGAAGGAUGAGGCGAUGGAGGAGAGUGGUGCAGCGGAGGAAGAGGGGAAGAAGGCGAGUGGUGGAACGGUAGUGAUUGGGCCGGCAGAGAAGGGGGCAGGAGUUACAGAGGAGGAGAAGAAAGAGAAGGAAGGCGAGGAGGGGAUUGGGAAGGAUGAGAAGAAGGGACAGGAAGAGGCAAAGGAGUCGAAGGAUGAGAAAAAGGAAGAGGCGAAGGAGGCGAAGGAAGAGGACUCGUGGCCCAAGUCUUCAGUGACCUCGUCUGACCUCGUCCUUGCCUUCCGCCAGUUUGACCGCAACCACACCGAUUACCUCAAGUCGGAGGAUCUGCGCCGUCUGCUGCACUGCCUGGGGAUCAAUCUCAGCCACAAGAUGGUCAAGGAGCUGGCGCUGGUGGGAGCGGCGGAGAGUGGGAAGCACAGGGACGAGCGCGUCUACUACCGCGUUCUUGCCAACUACUGCUGCUGA